GAUGCCGUACCAGAGCCGGAAGUAGCUUGCGGCUCCGGCGUCGGAAGUCGGGGUAAUGGCCACGGGAACAGACCAGGUGGUGGGACUCGGCCUCGUGGCGGUUAGCCUCCUCGUCUUCACGUACUACACCGUGUGGGUGAUCCUCCUGCCGUUCAUCGACAGCCAGCAUGCCAUCCACAAGUACUUCCUGCCCCGAGCCUAUGCUGUUGGCAUCCCACUGGCCGCAGGCCUCUUGCUGCUCCUGUUUGUAGGAGUGUUCAUCACCUACGUGAUGCUGAAGAACCAGAAGGUGACCAGAAAGGUUCAGUAAAGGUCCAGCGGGGGAUGAGCUGCCCGUCCCUUCUCUGCUUCCCUCCAGGCCAGAGACCUUGGGAGGGAGUCGGCAGGACCAUUCCAGACACCGAGGGCCCUCCGGCCUGGCUGUCCUACAGUCAUGCCCAUGGGCAGAAGCUGUUCAGGACUGGCUCCUGAUUGGACAGAGCCCUGCUCAGCCCCAGCUCUCCCUUCUGGAAGCCAGGAGGGAGGGGUGUGUGGACGUCUCCUCCUCCCGGCUUCGGGCCCAGGACCUGAAAGAUGUUGGUUCUCCCCACCUUACCUUCAGACUCCUGUCACCUUUUCUUUGGGGUUCUGCCCUCACUCUGCAGUGUCCUGCCCACCACCUGCAGAUGCUGGAUCAGUGUCCGAGGGAGCAGGUAGUCUCUCCCCACCGUGGCCUGCUCCCUCGCAAAGGCAGCUUUCUCCGACAGCCCCCAGCGGUCAGACUGUACAAGGACUUCAGGACCUGGAAAGCCAUGAAGAAAGACAGCCAGACAGAGCCUGGGGUAAUCGCCAGGCAUCAGGGCACAUUAGAGUGGCCACACUGGGCCCCCAGACUGCCCACUCAUGGAGGCCCAGCCCAGGGGAGUUUCACAAUAAAAGUUGAUCAGGUGUU